GCGCAGCAGCCCUUCUCGCCCCUUUUUCUGCUGACAUCUGCAGCCCAGAUGUGCGGCGCGCUCCGAGGUGCUGCUGAGCGCAGGAUGUUUUGCAUUCCCUCUGUGGAACAUGUGAGGCGUUUCUGUGGGCCGUCCGUCUGGCUGCAUUAGUCUGUGUGUCAUGGGGAUCUGUUUGCUUCGGCCCCUUGUUUGGCCGGCUCCGGGGGUUUGGGUACGACUGUUAGGAUGCUAAUUCGGCGCAGAUGUGAGCUGCUGAAUCAGGUGGUGAGAGGAAACUCCGGCCCUGGCAGGAGGGAGACACUGGCUGCCCUGUGCGGUGGUCCAGCCCAACAUAACAAAAUCUUCCCAGACUAACCUCCUCUGCUCUUGCAUUCGUCACAUCUGCUCCAGAGAGUGAUUUUCCAUGAUGUGCUGCAUCUGCCCAACGGAUUAACGGUGGCCAGAAGAGAGAUGACCCCUACCUGCAACACAUAGCAUUUGUUAACUUGAAGCCACAAUGCAGCUAACCAAGUGGACCACACACGGAGUGAGGAGGAAGCACGGCGCUGAAAAAGAAAACGAGGGGAUAAGGAGGCAAAGGGGAGAGGAGUUAACGGUCUUGUUAUCACAGAGGGUGAAAAAUGAAAUGCGCAGUCCGAGUCCAGGGGGCAGAGCUCUGAAUCUUUUUCGCCAUGGCUGACGUGCUGGACAGCAGCGGCGGCGGGCCGGGAGCCGUCAAAGUAGCCAGCGUGGAUUGGCAGAAACGCUGCAUCGCUCUGGAGAUGCAGCUGCUGAGGUUCCGGCUCCAGGCGGGCAAAAUCCGCGAGCUGCUGGCAGAGAAGAUGCAGGAGCUGGAGCAGAGGGUGACGGAGGCUGACCAGCGGGCUGAAAGUGCCGAGAAACAGAUCCAUGUCAUGGAAGAAAAGCUCAAGUCCGCGAACAUACAAACCAGUGAGUCGGAGAGCUCGCUGUACAGAAAGUAUCAGGACCUGACCGGCCAGGUUCAAGAGAAGGAUGCUGCGAUAAAGAGAUUAGAGACGCAGCUGGAAAAACAGAUCUUAGUCAGAGCCCAGGAGGCGAAGAUUAUCGAGGAGAAGGCCGCCAAGAUUAAAGACUGGGUCACCUUUAAGCUCAGAGAGAUGGAGCAGGAGAACCAGCAGCUGAAACUGGCCAACCUGAAUCAGACGGAACAGAUAAUGUUGCUGCAGGACAAACUACAAGCUCUCUUAGAGAAACCCGGAUCCCCUGCAUCUCCUGCCACCUCCCCUGUAAUGGAUACCCACCUGGUGCCCAGCAGUCCGCUGUUUCCUCCCAGCUGCCCUGGCACGCCACCUGCCCAAGAUGACAGCUGGAGACAGGCUGGUCCCCGCGGUGCCGCCGCUAAUAUGAAGACAUCGCCAGCAGAUGUGAAAAGGACCCCCGAACAUUCCAGUAAGGGGAUUUGCCUCGGAGACCUUGUGGCCCACGAUGCUCUCUCUCAGGGCUGGAGCAGGGAGGGUCCUGGCAGCCCUGUUUCCAUUAGUGGACCAGAGCUCCCAGUAGGCCCAGAGGGUCCUGCGGGGGGCUCCGACAGAGACAACUCCUCCGAUGAGCUCAACAGCAAGUUCCGCUCUCAGUGCCUCCACUCGUCCUCUUCAUCUUCGUCCUCAUCCUCGGCCUACGAGAUGGCCCAUGGACCAAGCUCCCCAGAGUCCAUCAUCAGAUUGACACCCAAAAGCCCACUCCUGUCACGCUCCCCCUCUACCAACAACCCCUUCCCCAAUCCGCCAGUUCACCAGUCAGGCACCAGCAUGACGUUACCCAAAGUACGGACUCCGCUCACCCCCAGAGACAGCAUCCAGCUGGUCAAGAAGCACUACAGCCAGCCACAGCCCAGCCUGGACAGACUCCACCACCUCAACGUCAACAUAGACAUCAUGACGCCGUCUUCCACUUCCUCCACCCUCAAGAGCACUGGCACUGCCAGCUUGGCCUUCUCGCAGGUGGUGGAAGAAACAGACAUCGACGACGGGCUCCCUGACAGCAUGGACGGGGUGGUGGAGGGGUCGGGAUCUGAGACGCCGUCGCGGGAUGGAGUCUCCUUCGUGGGACUCGCAGAGGAGCUGGAGCGGCUGGAUCCAGAGGUGCUGAAGCCGCCAACGCCUCCAUUGCACCGCUUCCCUUCAUGGGAGAGUCGAAUCUACGCUGUGGCGAAGUCGGGAAUGAGAGUAUCGGAGGCCGGUCCUGGAGCCAGGGGCGCCGGACGAGUGUCCAACUUACCCCAGUAUCCAGCGGCGGGUCCGUUCAGCCAGUUGAUCUACAAGAAUAUCAACGUACCAGUCUACACCACACUGAAAGGGAAAGCCACUCAGAUCAGCAGCGUACCUCUGCCUGACGAAGACUCGGGCUCUGAGGACGACAGCAGCUCCCUGGCCAGUUUACGGACCUCCAUCCUGUGUCCAGACAGGAAGAGCAGCGUCCCUGGGAGCCCACGCGCCGUCAAGAGAGGUGUAUCCAUGUCCUCCAUCAGCUCGGAGAGUGAUUAUGCCAUUCCUCCUGAUGCCUACUCUCUGGACAGCGACUACUCUGAACCAGAGCAUAAAGUCCAGCGAACCUCCUCUUACUCCUGUGAGAGCACUGGGCCUGAGAUGCUGGAGAAGUCCGGGUACCUGCUGAAGAUGGGCAGUCAGGUGAAAGCCUGGAAACGUCGCUGGUUCAUCCUGAGGAAUGGAGAGAUCCUCUACUACAAAUCUCCCAGUGACGUGAUCAGGAAACCUCAGGGUCAGAUCGAGCUGAACUCGUCCUGCAGGAUAGUUCGCGGAGAAGGAGCACAGACGUUUCAAUUGAUUACAGAGAAGAAGACCUUCUAUCUGACCGCCGAUUCACCCAACAUCCUGGAGGAGUGGAUCAGGGUUCUGCAGAACAUUCUCAAAGUCCAGGCCAGCGGCCCGGUUACAGUUGAGACCUCCGCCAAGCCCACCGUGAGAGGCUGGCUCACGAAGGUCAAACACGGACACUCGAAGCUGGUGUGGUGUUCUUUGGUCGGAAAAUCCUUCUACUACUAUCGCAAUCAGGAAGACAAGUUGCCUCUGGGGCAGCUGCAGAUGCGGGAGGCCUCGGUACAGGAAGUAGAUCGCUCCUGUGAUUCCGACGAGGACUACGAGACAGGCAGUCGAGGUUUCCUCUCCUCCCACUGCACCUUGGUGGUCCAGCCGAGAGACCAGAGUCCUACAUACCUGCUCAUUGGCACCAAGCAGGAGAAGGACACAUGGUUGUAUCACCUGAAGGUGGCAGCGGGCAGCAGCGCCACCCUCAAAGUGGGCACGGAGUACGAGCAGCUCAUCGGUAAACUCCUCGAUGCUGAAGGAGAUCCAGAAUGCGCCCUGUGGAAGAGCGAGGCCUUGAGCUUCUGUAAGGAGGGUCUGCGCUCGCCUCUCACCACUCUGCCCUCUGAAGCGCUGCAGACCGAGGCUCUCAAGCUUUUCAAGUCCUGUCAGCUCUUCAUCAACGUGCUGGUCGAGUCUCCGUCUGUCGAUUACCACACCUCGCUGGCCCAGAACGCUCUGCAAGUGUGCCUGACCCACCCGGAGCUGCAGAACGAGAUGUACUGUCAGCUCAUCAAGCAGACCAACCGGCGGACGCCACACAACUACUCCCUCACACAGUGCUGGCAGCUGUUGUCUCUGUGCGUGGCUCUGUUCCUCCCUCAACAACAUUUCCUUUGGUACCUCAGGCAGUACCUGCAACGUAACGCUGACCCAAGGAGUGAGGUGGGGAAGUACGCCGUGUACUGUCAGAGAUCUGUGGAGCGAACGCUGCAGAACGGAGAGCGGGAGGCCAAGCCUUCACGCAUGGAGAUCGUCUCCAUCCUGCUGAGGAACCCCUACCACCAUUCACUGCCAUUCAGCAUCCCAGUUCACUUCAUGAACAACACCUACCAGGUGGUGGGUUUCGACGGCUCCACCACAGUGGAAGAGUUCUUGAAUACGCUGAACCAGAGGAUCAGCGUGAGGAAGCCUCAGCUGUCUGGAUUCGCUCUUUUUACUGAUGAUCCGUCAGGCAAAGACCUGGAGCACUGCCUGCAGCCGUCUGCCAAGAUCUGUGAUGUCAUUUCCAAGUGGGAACAGGCCCUAAAAGAGCUGCAUCCUGGGAAAAACGAGGGGACACGGAUCGUCCGCCUGACAUACAAGAACAGGUUGUGUUUCAGAUCUCAGGUGAAAGGUGAGACGGAGCGUGAGCGCCUCCUGCUGGCGUACCAGGUAAAUGACGAGGUUCAGCAAGGCCACUUCCCUGUGAACAAAGAGCUGGCUCUUGAGGUGGCUGCCCUCAUGGCACAGGUUGAACACAGUGAUUUGGAGCGACCGGCUGCCUCGUCUCCUACCGGCUCUCCUCAGCCUAAAGCUCAGCUGAUCCUCCUGCAGGCCUUAGAGCGCUUCUACCCAAAACGCUACAAACACGACUGCAGCUCAGAGCAGCUCAGAGAUCUUACUGAGCGUCUGGCCACUAAGUGGUCUAUGCUACGUGGGUGCAGUGCAUCCGAGUGUGUGAGAAUAUACCUGACCGUGGCUCGGAAAUGGCCCCUGUUCGGAGCCAAACUCUUCAGUGCCAAGCCUGUCCCGCCCUCUCCUGUUGAGCAGAGCCAGGUGUGGCUGGCAGUCAAUGAAGACGGACUGUGUGUGCUGGACUACGCAAUGCACACGCUGGUCACGUACUCCUACCAGUCUGUGAUUACCUUCGGCGGCUGUCGCGAUGAUUUCAUGGUGGUCACGAGCCAGCAGAAGGAGCCCGGCGUCGGGAAGAAGAGCGUAGAGAAGCUGGUCUUUGCGAUGGCGAAACCAAAGAUACUGGAGCUGACUCUGCUCAUGGCCAGCUACAUGAACCACUGGAACCCCAGCCUCCCGCCGGCCUCGCACCAGCCGCUCGGCCACUGGGACGUCGACGGGCGGCACUUCCCCGCGAUGAACUACACCACCAAGGGCCCCACACUACUGUGAAAGGACAACAAAGACUGUUUGACUACAGGGAGGCUUGAUGACUACAGCUACCUUUAGUCUGGAGUGCGUUGGGUUGCAUGUAUUACAGAACAGGUACUAGGAGAUUAUUUUUUCAAGUGUUUUUUUUUUUUUUUUUUUAAUGAAGAUUUAGAUUUAGAAACAUCAGGAUUGGUCGUCUUAGACCAUUUAUUUCUACAACAAAAGGCUGUUUCAACCUUAGAUGUAAGGUUUUCCUCUAAUGCCUUGUUAAACACAGCAGUGAUCCGAUCAUUUUUGGUACCUAAACCUAACAAAGGCAUCAACAGAAAAACUGACAAGAAACAGAAAAUAACCUCAACAGAUUGCUCUAAAUCCAGUUUUAGAUCUGUCUCAUAUGUUUUAAUAAAGGUCCCGGAACAACAUUAAUGGUGAUGUGAAAAACACCAACACGGUGAUAUCAGACACACCCACGAGGUGCCGUGCAGUUAGAGAGGGAGCGAUAUGGCAUGUGAGACUUCAGUUUCAUAGUUUUUAGUAUCUUAAAUUGAUAUUCUCAGCAUAAUGUUUCUCUAAUUUAGACCUGCUAGGAACAAACAUUGUCAUUAGAGAUUAAUUUGACGAUCACAUAAAUUCUCAAAUAAAUACCCAUUAAAUGCCAGAAAACAGAAGCAAAUGUCUGUCACACAUUUCCCGAUUCCAAGUUGACACAAAGUCCAAAGGUAUUAACUUUAAUAUGUUUAUUAAUAUUCACAUUUGAGCUGCUGCAGCCACUGAAUAUUUGUUUUAAAAUGAUUUAAACAAUGAACUGAGUAUGAAAUGUAUUAACCUAAUCAAUCUAAAAAGUUUCAAUUCUGCUGCAGCAAAAAUCUGGUAAAUCUAUGGGUAGGACUGCUUUUCCCAAAGAAACUAAGGUCAUAUUAAAGGAAACUUUUUUGUAAUCUACGAAUCAACGUUUCUAUUGGUGCCUUAAUAUUUAGUUUAAAGAAGGCCAAAUUAAAGUGUAAUGAUACGAUAAGAGGGAUGGGGUCUGCACCUGUGCUUUUUAGCAGUGCAACAUGUUUAUAUGUUCAUUUUUCUGAUGGUCCUCGUACGAUAUGUCUCUGAAUUCCUUAAGACAAACAGCACAUUCACAAUCAGGUCACUCAGCGUUUUAAUAAUUAACAAACAAACGGAGGUGAAAAAAAAGAGCUACAGAAUAUUUUUUAAUGACUUGAACUGUCUUGGAUCAAACCACUGUUUUGCUCAUGUCCAUAUUAGCUAUUUAUUUUAUGUCCACAACAUUUUUUGUUUUAAUUUUCUAUUCAUACAUUACCUUUAGUAAUGUUCUCCACAACAUUUAUUUUGAAAGACUUAGUUUAGCUUUUUGUUUUUUUUCGUAGCAGAGUAAUUUAAGAGUAGAGUAUGUUUGGUUGCUGUAUCUGUACUAGAGUGUGUUUGAAAGAGGGUGUCGUUACGUUGCCUUGUGUCGUAUGUAUGUGUGGUCAUGAAAUAAAUGGUACGAUCCUGUGUUCCA